AUGACACUCGACGCAGUCUUCGAUAUAAUAUGGGACAUCCUACUGUCCUUCUACGUUAUCCGCGGCGCUCUCCACUACUCAACCCUAACAUUCAUCUGCAGUCUUCCUCUAGCAGGAAGCAGCCUGGUCUUGACCUACCCUACACUGGACUUCACCCAGCGCCAAACGCAGGCCACGAUCCUAUUCUUCUUCACAGUCAUCGUCUUUGUCUGCGCACAAUACACAAUGCGACUCUAUAAAGUCCCAUAUCAGACCAGCUAUCGACUGUCCAUUGGCUUGGUGGGCGCGGUGUUUCUACUCGGCGGAGAGUUGGCGGCAUGGACGGUCUUGCACAAGCGGUGGAGUAUCUGGAGAGAAUGGUAUGAGCAGAGUAAUGCGAUUGUGCUCGGUGGACUGGGGGUUAUGGCGGCGAUUUUUGCGUUGAUGCCGUGCUUGUUGAUGCUGGCUGGAGGCGCGGCAGAGUCUCUGUUGAUGGAUGAACCUCCUGAUGUCGCUGAGGAGCAGACCAAGAAAGAUUGA